GAGGAGUGGGAGGAGGAGGAGGGGAUCCUGUGCCGAGCACAUCGGCCGGGCAGCGACAGGUGCUCCACAGCGACGGGGCUUCGUCCGGUGGCUCUGCAGCCGAGCGCGACGACAGCGGGGAGGAGUGGGCCGCGAGCGCGGCGUCUCUGAGCGGCGACAGCGACAGCGGCAACGACAGCACGGGCAAACAGACGGAGAAGAAGAAGAAGAAGAAGAAAGGGCCUCGUCUGCCGAGGGCUGCUCUCAAACAGCACUCGGAGAGAAAAAACAAAUCGCGAAUCUGCUGUAAAGUCUGCGGGAAAACGUUCCACGCCGUCGUCUCCCUGGUGAACCACAUGCACGUUCACCCCAGCGACGUGUGCGGCGUCUGCGGCGAGCGGCUGGAGACGGACGAGAGCUUCAAGGUUCACGUGAAAACGCACGUGAGAGCCGAAAUCUGCGGCGUCUGCGGGAAGUGUUUCGGCGGAACCAGGUCUCUGGAGACGCACAUGCGGAUCCACACGGGGGAGAAACCGUUCCACUGCGGCGAGUGCGGAAAAUCCUUCAACUGUCGCCACAACAUGACGCGACACAUCCGCAUCCACACGGGCGAGAAGCCGUACGCCUGCUCCGUCUGCGGCAGGCGCUUCAGUGACUACUCCACGCUGAAGCGCCACCUGCUGGUGCACGUGGCCAAGAAGAGCCUGGACCCGGAUGACACGUCCGCAGGCGUGACCGAGUGCGGCGGCGGCGACGCGAGGAAGGUCGAGAGUCUGUCGUCGAAGAAGCAACAGACUCAGGCCAUUUGUGAAGUGUGCGGGAAAAUGUUCCACUCUGUCGUGUCGCUGGUGAAUCACGCCAAGACUCACGCCACGGACCUGUGCGGCGUCUGCGGGACGCACUUUGACUCGCAGGAGAGCCUGAAGCUCCACCUGAAGAGCCACAAGAACGGGAAGGUGUGCGACGUGUGCGGCAAGUGCUUCGACAGCCACCGGAACCUGGAGACGCACAUGCGGAUCCACACGGGCGAGAAGCCGUUCCUGUGCGGCGAGUGCGGCAAGUCGUUCAACUGCCGACACAACAUGCUGCGGCACGUCCGCACGCACACGGGCGAGAAGCCGUACGCGUGCGGCGUCUGCGGCCGCAGCUUCGCCGACCGCUCGUCGCUGAAGCAGCACGGCAGCACGCACGACCGGGAGAGGCUGCACCGCUGCGGCGUCUGCGGGAAGAGCUUCCACCGGAAGACGUACGUGAGGCUGCACAUGAAGAGCCACGCGGUCGCAAAGUGACCGGAGGGGGAGGGGACGCGCUGAGGCGCGGACAAAGGCUCCAGUUCGUCACGACUCCACGCCGGGUCUCUCCCGAUGCUGAAGGGAACUACAUCACGCGCUAUGGUUGAAAUCUGUCCACGGGUUCUCGUCAGUCUGCAGAUGUGAUGAUGAGACCUGGAGAAAGAGGCGUGUUGACCACACCCACGUGAAUCUGCCCCGACUGUACACCAAAGUUAUGAAGCAAUGCCAGGCUGAACAUUGUUUGUUGGGGAUCUGCCUAGAAAAUAACUCUGGCAGAUCAAUGAAAGCUCCUGGACAUUUUUGACUCACUCAAAGCAGCUUCGCACCAUGAAACAUGAAAACAAACAGUUGAAUGUGUCUGAUAGUUUUCAUGGAUUAUUCUCUGUGAAAUCAGUGAACAUGUUGAAUAAACUAUGUUGAAGAAAGACAUCAAA